UGUGUUCACCCCUGGACAUUGCUUCAAUGGGCAAAUUAAUACUUGAUGAUAGAAUUAUUAAAUGACAAGACAUGCAAUGAUAGCUUCUACGAGUUUGCUGUCAAUAGUAUUGUAAUGAAGGCAUAUUUUUGACAACUCAAUGCAAAUAUUAGAUGACUGUAGUUCCGGUAUGACACGUGCUUGUUGACGUUGUCUGUGUGCAACAACAUGGCUGCGCCCAUAGCCAGAGGAGCUGCAACGAGCAGCCUUGAAACAGGCAUGGUUGUGAAGAAAGCCGUUUCCAUCGUUGCUCCUCUUGCUCUCCGAAUCAUCGCCGAAUGUCCAGUGACCAAAGCGAGGGCUUGUGAUCUCACACUUCCUCACUGUACGGUCAGCACCCCAGUGUUCAUGCCUGUUGGUACACAAGGCACGAUGAAGGGAAUCACUGUGGACCAACUCGAUGAUCUGGGAUGUCAGAUUUGUCUUGGCAACACAUACCACUUGGGUAUGAGGCCGGGUCCUGAGCUGAUUGAGAAAGCAAAUGGCCUGCAUGGCUUCAUGAACUGGAAAAGAAAUCUUUUGACUGACAGUGGGGGCUUUCAGAUGGUGUCUCUUGUUGAACUAUCUGAGGUUACUGAGGAGGGGGUCAAGUUCAAAUCUCCUUACGAUGGAAAGGAGAUCCUUCUGAGUCCUGAGCAGUCAAUCGCCAUACAGAACAGUCUGGGGUCAGACAUCAUGAUGCAGUUGGAUGACGUGGUCAGCAGUACGGUGACUGGGCCGCGGGUGGAGGAGGCUACGUGGAGAUCGAUUCGCUGGCUGGACCGCUGCAUCGCGGCCAAUAAGAAUCCAGACAGACAGAACCUGUUUGCCAUCAUCCAGGGGGGGCUGAACGCAGAGCUGCGCAAAGCCUGUCUAGACGAAAUGACAAAACGGGAUGUUCCUGGCUUUGCUAUCGGUGGGCUGAGCGGAGGUGAGGAGAAGGAUGAUUUCUGGAGGAUGGUGACACUCAGCACAGACCACCUGCCUCGGGAGAAGCCUCGCUACCUUAUGGGGGUUGGUUAUGCAGUGGACCUGGUGGUGUGUGUUGCGCUGGGUUGUGACAUGUUUGACUGUGUUUUCCCAACACGCACUGCAAGGUUUGGCUCAGCCCUGGUCCCGUGGGGAUCUCUGACCAUUACCAAAAAGCAGUUUGCCAAGGACCUACGGGCAAUAGACCCAGACUGCCAGUGCCCCACCUGCAGGAGGCACAGUCGGGCCUAUCUACAUGCUCUGUUCAAGAGUGACACCGCAGCCAUGCAUCACAUUACCAUCCACAACAUCUCCUACCAGCUCACUCUGAUGCGGUCGGUGAGACAGAGCAUCAUAGAUGGUCGCUUCCCAGACUUUGUGAGGACAUUCAUGAAGAGAAUGUUCCCCUCUCCUGAACAGUAUCCAGGCUGGGCGGUGGAUGCUCUAGGAACAGUCAACAUCACAUUGAAUUAAACUGGUCAACUCCUUGCUUACACAGCCUGGGACUUCCUCUGCAAUGGCCAAUAAGACCUUUUAUAUGAGAAAUCAGAUCUCCUUUUUAAAAAUUGUUUUGUUUGUUAUGAAAUCGCCUUUUCUACUUUUAUGCUUCACUUGGGUAAUUGCUUCUGCCUGUAUAUUCUGUCAGACUUAUUACUGAAUGGUUCAAUGAUGGUGAUGAGCCUGAAUAUUUUACUGUCUUUAUGAUUUAGUUACGUUCAUGUUUUGUUACAGUACGGUUAGUUUUUUUUGUCAUUUAUAUGCUAAACAUUCUGUUGAAAGUUACGAAUUUACAUUGUACUGCUUUCAACUCCUGUCAGACAUACAGCACUUUUGUGACAUCCAGUUUUCACUCUGCAGACCUUUUCAGUGUAUGAUAAUGUAGGAGUGGAGUAGUGUUGUUGAAGUCCAGGAACUGUCUCCUCUGAUAGUCAGACACUUUUAGUUGUUACCAUGGCUACAGAUCAGCGGCCCACCCUCUUUACAUUCCAUGCAUGACUUCUAACACAGAAAUGUGGUCAUAAACUAACAAUUAGAGAGAUUUCGGAACAUUUCCUAGGGCUUGUUAUCGACCUUUACCAGCAGGAGGAAGCAAAUACAUUUCUAUAAUUGAGUUCUGUUUUGUUGUGCAAGAGAUGAGAACACAGGAACCCACGUUUGUGUGCUUUUGACUUUUUUACCACUAGAGGGCAAAAAUAUUCUAAACCUUGAUGACUUGAGCCAGAUUAUGCCAUCUGUUUAGUUUACAUGCUGGAGAAAUUUCAUAGGAAGGAAUUGCAAUUAUACCCACCCAGUUUGGUUCAAAAGCAGAGAAGUAGAGCAUGUAUGGUUUAGUCAGAUUUGCAUGCUGAGGGCAGACCGAGUAGUGGCAAACCAAUUCUCAAGGAAGUGGCUUAGGGGAUCACAAUUUCCUGUGUCUCCGAAGUGCUACUUUCUCAAACAAAAAAUGACACCCAACACAAUGAGCUCCAGCAGUCAAGACAGUCGGAGGACAGAGAAUAAUAGGGUGUCAUAAUCUGCCAUAGAAGCAAACCAGGAUCCAAGACACAUUGGAAAACAAUAGGCAAGAUUUUUUUUGUAGAUUCCAACGUUUAGGUUUUUUUCCCGGAAACAACAAUUUGUUUGAUUGGUUCCUGUUUUUCUAUUAGAAAUUGAGGUCCUUUCUGUUUCAGUUUUUCAUUGUAAGACAUCUAAUUAAAGCUUUAAUAGGCAACAUUGCAGUUGUAAAAGCACCUGUUGCCUCUAGUUGAGAGACAAGAUCUUUAAAUAAAGCCACCCUGUAUAGGCUACAGAGUUUAUACAUGGGUUGUAAUUGUUAAUACCUGUCAGUUAUUAGUUUAUAAUGCUAAACAUAUAAUAAUAAACAUGUAAUAGUAAUGAA